CUUAGAUUUCGAAUUGUCCGGAUUCAGCUGAUGCCGAUAGACCAUGUCCCUUUCCCGCUUUUAAGAUGAUGAAUGCCGGCUGCACAGGGCUCUAAUAUGUCAGAGAUUGCUAUUUGAAGAUCUCCGAAUUGUCUAAGCGUCAGCGAACUUCUCUCUCUGUUGGGUUUUUGGGUUUUGAAGUUUUCGGCUUCUCUUCCUAAUUCGCACCAAAUAUGUUUCCUCACACUAAAAAUCCAUGCCCGCUUUCAGAACAAGUUCUACUUGCGCAGGCUUAAAGUUCUCUCUUGGCUAUUCCUAUGAUUACCUGAAUUCAAUGUUCCUUAUUUAUUGAUGCGAUAUCUCGGGCAUUAAGUUUGUUUUUGCCAGAGCGAUGUGGCUCAGACGAAUCCAGAGCUCUUUUGGUCUAUGCGUGAGAGUUACUGGAGAGACUGCCGCUAACUUGAUUGGCGAGGACAAUAAGAAGCUUCUACGUUGUGCAUACUCAAGUACGUCGAUAUGCGUAGACCUACCAAGAAAGCUUACAAAGCAAGAUCGGAAGCCAAUGGUGACUAGUGUGAACAAACUGAAGCGUGAAGCUCGGAUGGCGAAGAAGCAGAGGCAGACAGCACAGGAGAUUCCUUUGAAGGCUCCUGAUAAUGGAUUGUUGGUCAAGGAAUUGGUUCCAGUUGCUCACGAAGUAUAUAAUUCCAGGACGGAAUUGUUUGCUUGUGUGUCGAGAGUUGCCCAAAGCAUCCCUAUUUAUACAUGCAGCUUGUGUGGAGAAGUCCAUAUUGGUCAUCCACCGCACCGGAUUAGAACUUGCAACGCUGGGGCUCUGUCAUACAAAGAGCAUAGUUGGAAUUGUGGUGGCAUGGAACACAUCUUGCCAGUCAUUGAAUCUUUCCAUUUAUAUGAUUGGGUUGGGAGGGCCGUUUCACAUGACGAGCAGCUUCAAGUUGAUCGGAUCCCAGCAAUUGUGGAAUUAUGUGUUCAAGCUGGUGUUGACAUUGCAGAAUACCCCACAAGGAGGAGAAAAUUUCCCGUUUACAAUGUUGCAGGUAGGAUCAUCGAUUAUGAACGUAGGUUUCCUAAAGACGAUUUACGUGGGCAAGGCAUCGACACAUAUGGUUUUUGGGGCAGAAAACAGCCAAGCAGAGCAAACUUACCAGACUUCGAACCUGACAACAUUCAAGGUGUUGCUUUGCGAGGCUUGGAAGCAUGGGAAAAAAUGUGUUCAGGAGCAGCAAGACUCGUGGAGAAGUACUCGGUCCAAACUUGCGGAUAUUGUUCAGAGGUGCAAGUCGGGCCCAAGGGUCACAGAGUAAGGAACUGCUACGCUCACAAGCACCAGAUGAGGGAUGGGCAGCAUGCUUGGCAGGAGGCGACGGUUGGGGAUAUUGUCCCUCCAGUUUAUGUGUGGCAUGUUAGAGAUGGGCACGGCGGUGAAGCACUGGUAAAUAGUCUGAAGAGGUAUUACGGGAUGUUGCCUGCAGUCGUGGAACUUUUUGCGCAGGCCGGGGCACAGAUAGGAGAGAAGUAUGCCAGUGUAAUGCGAGAAGACGUGGUGGUGCCAGACUUGGACGAAGAAAGAUUGGCCGUUUGAAGGCAUCGACAUUUGCUAAUGAGCUUGGGGCUGGAAUUUUGUUCGGAAUUCAAAGGGGCGCGAGUCACUAAUCUGAGGACCGCCAUCCCUCCGAUCUAGGAGUGAGUCCUGUUUACCAAAGUGCAACGGUGUAAUGGGGGAUAUGAAGUGUGAAUGAAGGUACUUACAUCCAAUGGGCAUGCUAGAGCUAGACUUCCUCUUAAGGAAAAAACUUCUUUGUUUAAAGAUGAAUUGAUGCAACGAAGAUAGUUAUCUCAA